UACUACUUAUAAGCCAAGGGAUCGCAAACCAUACCUUGAGAGUUUGCAUGCAUCAUCUCUUGAUCUUCUGCUCUCAAUAAAACAGAGUACGUACUAGAGAAGGAGCGAUCGUUGAGGUUACAAAAGAGCCUCUCUCAUGGCUUCCUACAACUUGUUUGACCGAGACUUUAACCCGGUGCUUUGUGAAGAAAAAUCAUGUGCACUGAAGGUUACUCUAAAUAGGCCACGGAAACUCAAUUGCCUUACCUUUGAAAUGGUUUCUCAAAUUCAUGUGGCCAUGAGAACUUAUGAGAAUGAUGCCAAGGUCAACCUUGUAAUUGUUAAGGGAAAGGGAAAAGCAUUUUGUGCCGGUGGGGAUGUCACUAGAGUAGUUCUGUAUAUACUUGCAGGACAUUGGACCUUUGCUGCAAGCUUUUACAGGAGACAGCUCAUGUUAGAUUAUUUACUUGCUACAUAUAAGAAACCGUUGGUUUUCCUUAUCAACGGAAUUGUAAUGGGAGGAGGUGCUGGAUUAUCCAUGAAUGGAAUGUUUCGGAUUGUGACUGAGAACACUGUGUUUGCCAUGCCGGAGGUUUUAAUAGGACAUUUUCCUGACGUUGGAGCUUCGUACUUCCUUUCUAGGUUGCCGGGCUAUUAUGGAGAAUAUUUAGGGUUAACUGGGGCAAGAAUUAAUGGAGUUGAAAUGCUUGCUUGUGGCCUUGCUACACACUUCGUCCUUUCAAAGGAUCUUCAACAACUAGAAAAUGCAUUGUGUGAGCUCGUUUCUUCAGAUGCAUUAACCAUUUCUAAGCUCAUCAACAAAUUUAUAUACAGUGGACAAACAAACCAAGAUAACUUUCAUGAAAGGUUGGAGACAAUCAACAAGUGUUUCUGUAAAGAAACUGUUGAAGAGAUCUUGUUAUCGCUAGAGGAAAUGAACAGUGGAGCGGACAAGUGGAUUGUAGAGGCAAUAAGUUCCUUAAAGUCGGCUUCUCCAACAAGUCUUAAGAUUGGCUUACGAUCUAUCAGAGAGGGACGAAAGCAAACACUUGAACUUUGCAUCGCUCGUGAAUAUAUUGUUUGCAGUCAUGUGGUACGAGGAACUGUGACCAAUGAUUUCUUUGAGGGUGCCAGAGCUCUACUAUUUGAGAAAGAUAAAAAACCCAAGUGGGAACCUUCCCAACUGUGUCGAGUUAGCGAAGAGAUGCUGGAUAAAUUUUCCGCAGAACUUGAUGAUGAGGAUUUCAAAUGUUUACAACUUCCUGCCAGGUCAAGCCCAAGUACUGAAGCUAGGGCAAAACUUUGAGGGUGAUGCAGAGAGAGAGAGAGAGA